AAGGGAGCAGGAAGUAGGAAGCGCGCCCGGUCACCUGACCCAGUGAAGUCACCGGUGAUCACGUGACCGGCGACUCUUCUCCGUACACCGGGAUUGUUGUCACCGCUGCGAUGUCUUCCGAACAGUUUGAGACGUUGCUCGAUCUGUUCACCGAACGCUACGAGUAUCUGCGGGCCAUUCCGCCCAGACUGGAGGGCUGCCGAGGAGAGCAACAUAAAAGUUUACUUCGAGAAUUCGACAAGAGGCAUCUAGAAGCAAAUGAGAUGCUUUCACAGAUGGAAGCAGAACUAAAAGACGCCCCGCGAUCCUACCAGAACCAAAUGGCGAAUAAGAUGCGCACAUAUAGGAAGGUCCUCGCAGAGCUACAACGAGAUGCAAGAAACACCAAUACUGGGUUCAUGUCAGAUGGUGGCAGGAAAGGGCUUUAUAACGUGGAGGAUGAGCAGAGGGCGACAUUGAAUCCACAGAGAUCACUGCUCCUCCAAGGCCAUGAGAGUCUGAACAGGACUACAGAAAGCAUCGCCAGAUCCCAUUAUUUAGCUGCCGAAACCGAUGCCAUUGGGCAUAAUAUAGUGGAAGAGCUUGGAGAACAGAGGGAGCAGCUGGAGCGAACGAAGGAUCGGCUGGUAAACACGGGUGAAAAUCUGAGCAAAAGUCGGAAGAUUCUGCGCUCCAUGUCUAGAAAAAUCGUGACCAAUAAACUCUUCCUGUCCAUCAUCAUCAUUCUCGAAAUCGCCAUUCUCGGAGCCGUGGUCUACCUCAAGUUUUUCCGUAAGACAUGAGCGGUUUUUGCUUCUCCGGCGGAUGCAUUGAAGGAUUCCUGUGCAGCUGUGAAUAAGCCCCAUUCCAGGGUAAACACUGUAAAUGUGUACAGGACAUAAGGCACAUGGUGCAGUCCCCGCAGGAUGACUGCUGAAGCCAGAGGGACCUGGGAAUAAGGCAAUAGCUGCAUGAGCCGCUCCUUAUGUACGAUCCUGCAACCUACCUCAGUAGUCGAGGUAAACUCCUAAAGUUAUUGGGCAACGGAGAAGACAUCCGGACGUGUCACACGUGGUACCAGAACUCCAAAUAAAUGGUUAUUUCAUAUAAUCCCUUACUGCACUGUUCUCUAUUCUUAGUCAUCCUUCUUAAUACAGUGAUCCAUCAACUUACAAUGGCCUCAACAUACAAUAGUUUCAACAUACAAUGGUCUUUUCUGGACCAUUGUAAGUUGAAACCACACUCAACAUACAAUGCUAUGGACUGUCCAGAUCUGUGAUACCAGUCAAUGGCCGGAAGAACUGACCAAUCAGAAUGGGCAAUUUACUGGUAAAAUUCCUGUAUUACUGAAGGGCAUACACUGACUGGUGUCUGGUAGCGCCCCCUACAGUACAGGGAGGUAUUACAUGUUCUGUACUCUUUACCUGUAUUACUGAAGUGUAUGCACUGACUGG